AAAUGAGUCAUAGACAGCCAUUACCAGACUAUUUUGAAAAGAAAAAUAUUCGUUCUGAACCAUAUUUCUUAAGAAAAAACUACCAAGAACAGAGAGAAAUCAUUCAAAAACCUUAUACUAGGCCAAUGGCUGCUCAACAUUUGGCUGCAAUGAGAAUUCAAAGGUUUAUUCGAUCAUUCUUAGCUUAUCUUGAAGAAAAUCCUGAGAAGAGAAGAAAUCCAUCCAAGAAUAUGAAAGGGUACCAUGAAGAUUCUUCUGAAAUUCAAAAUCUAACUCCUCUUCAAAAACUUAGAGCCAAGUUCUUGACAUCUGCUUACAAUAUUCUUCAUAAAAGUGAGGAAGGAUGCUUUCAAAACUUUUGUGCUGCUAAAAUUCAAGCCACAUUUAAAAUGGCUAUUACUCGGAGAUUAUUCAAGUACUAUCAGUUUGCAAUGUAUCAUAUUGCAGCAAUUCAGAUCCAAUGGGCUUGGAGGGGACAUGUCUCUAGAACUCGCAAGAAUUACAAAAAGACUAAGGAAGAGAUAGCUUGUGAGAAAAUUCAGAGGUGAUGGAGAACCUUCACUAACGUUAAAAUAUUCAAUUACUACAAAGACCUGAUUAGUUUUAAAUAACAAGGGAGAUCCAAUCCAAUUGUUGAAGUCUAUUAAUCCAUCAGAGGCGAUGUUGCUAGAUCCUGCCUCUAAGUGCCACUUGAGGUUUAGGCUUGGAGGAGAGAAAUUCCCUCCUCUAAUCUAUUACAAAAUAUUUACUCAUGCUCCUCUAUGCGACAUUGGAGCAUUUGCUCCAAGAGAUUACAUGAAGAUCAAAGCUAAAAAGAAGAAACAAAUAGUUGAUAUUAGGUUUGACAAGCACCAUGAUGAUUCCAACAACCAAGGAUGGUAUGAAAGGGAGGAAAAUAAUGGCUGGAGGCCCAUCUCUGACAAGAUUCUCUCUCCCUUUGACAAUGUUGAGAUAAGAACAGCUAAAGCACGCAAGAAAUUUCAUAGAGAUUUGAUGAAGAGAAAAGAACUUUCUGCUGCUACUAAGAGACAGAGAAAGUUGAAAUGGCUUAAGAAGUUAUAUAAAGAUGCUAAAAAUGCUGAACUAAUCACUGAGAAUGAUAAUUUAAAGCAUGAGCCUAACAUAGAGAGUCUCUACAGUAAUCCAUUUGAAGAAGAAAGGUUCCUCGAAUACGACAAUGAUAAUUUUGAUAAAGAGGUAAAUGCCUUAAUAGAAUGGUGAGAAGACCUUGAUUAUGACAAAUACGUAGCAAAUUGGGGAGAACUUGCCACAAGUGGAAAGUCUGACCUCAAGCCUGAAGAAAUGACUGAAUUUGACGACACUUAUCCAGUAUAAUUUGAAGUUUAAGUAAAAUUAUUUAUUUGAAUUAAUUGGAGUCUGUGAGGCAAUAUCUAAGGCUCUUUCGAGUUUAAUCUGAUGAGUUAUUUCAUUCCAUUGAUAGAAAAGAAUCCUAAGCAUCUCUCUUCUCUCAGUGACAUUGAGGGAACUGUCUUCGUUAAUCUUGGUAUCUUUGAAGAGUCAUUUUAUGUUAGCUUUAACUGGAAUAUUUUGAUACUUUUUAUCAUCUUCUUCAUCCUCAGACUCUGUUGUUUCAGUUUCUUGCUCUGACUUGAUAUCACUUAGGAUUUCAGAACCUAUUUGAAUGUCUAAGGGAUCUCCCAGCGAUUUCUUGGGAGUUUCAAACUUUUGCGGAUCAUUAUUUUCACUCUUUUUUGGAGUAUCUUGAGAGAACUUCAUACUUUCACCAAUCCCCAUCCUUCCACCAAGCCCCAUCCUUCCAUCCACCCUCUCAUCUUUCCUCUCCAAACGACUCUCCACUUCCUUCUUCCCACUACCAAUCCUCUUCCCUUUACUCCUUUCCCCCUGUCCCCCAUCCUUCCUCUCUUCAUUCUCCUCCAUCUCAAAAUCCUCAGUUUCACUCAUCUGCCUAAAUUCCUUCUGUGGUUCAAUUUCAGCUUC